AUGGAGAUGAUCGUAAAGCGAGUAACUUUAACUGAUCGCAUUCGAAUGAGCAGUGUUUGCAAGUACUGGAGAGUGAUUCUUAUGAAUGAAGAAAUCAAAAAACCUGUUGAAAUUCCAUGGCUAAUGCUUCCCCAAGGCCAGAUUGACAACCAAGUAAGUUUUUAUAACUUGAAUGAUGAAAAAGUUUAUAAUCUCAAAUUCCCAGAGUCUGUUCAUGGAUGGUUUUGUUGUGGGUCUUCCAAAGGUUGGUUGGUAGUGAUGACAGAAUCAAAAUUCAACCCGAAUCUUUGUUUGUUGAAUCCAAUCUCUGGAGCUCAACUUCGACUUCCUUGCCUUUUAACUAUCUCAUCUUCCGAAAAAUUUGUUCACCCUCUAUCGCAAAAUCGACGUUUCAUUAACAAAAUCGAAUUAUCUUCUGUUGAUCUGGGAGAAGAAUGUAUAGUUGCAAUGAUCUGUGAUAACCACAAUGUACUAGCAUUCUGUCGAGCAGGUGAUGAGAGAUGGAACAUCUUCCAAAGUAAUUAUGAUGAAUUCUAUGUUGACAUGUUAUUUCGUAACAAUGUGUUUGAUGUCAUGGUUUUCAGCGAGAGUGGUGUUAAAAAUUGCACCAUUAAAUUGACAGAUUGUGAAGUGAUGUUGAGAUUGAUCACAUUCCCUUACUUGGGUUAUGUAGAUGCAAAUCAAGUCGAGAUUGUCGAGUUUGAUCACUUUAGGCUUUUCAAGAAAAUAGCUGUACGACAAUAUUUGGUAGAGUCCAACAGUGAAUUAUUGAUUGCCCAACAAAUCAUGGAUUGUUUUGCAUUGAAGGAUGAUCACUGGAAUCACCAUGCAGAUAACCCCAACCAUUUUAGAUAUUUUCAGACAAACGGAUUUGAAGUAUACAAGAUCAAUCCCAACGAUAGCCAUUGUGAGAGGUUAAACAAUUUAGGCGAUCAUAGGGCAUUGUUUUUGGCAGACAGCGGUUCAUUAUCGUUUUCGGGGAAAGAAUAUAAUGGGAUCCAUGGAAACUGCAUUUAUUUUGCAUCAUCGUAUUUUUCGACCUUUGAAGGGCUACAAAAGACCCAAAGUUUCAUUGACAGAAUUGAACUAUCUUCUGUUGAUGCUGCACAAUGUGUAGUUUCAGUGGUAUGUGAUGACACCAAGGUAUUGGCACUCUGUCAACCAGGGGACGAAAGAUGGAACAUCUUCCAAGGUUAUCUAACUCCAAAUGGAGUCGAGAUUGUUGAGUUUGAGCACUUUCGAAUUUUCAAGAAAACAGUUGGUCAACAACAUUUAGUAGAGUCCAACAAUAAAUUAUUGACUGUUCAAUAG